CAAUUCCAACCCUGAUAUUCCAUUGUUAUCAUUGAUAUUUUCUUUAACUCAACCUGAAUAGCCACGAACCUGCCAUGGCUCAUUUGAAUAUGCCUUACGAAGUCGACUCCUUCCAUUUUGCCCAGUUAUUGGGGCCUGGCUUUCCCAUUCCGGCGUAUGAAUCACCCGGCGACGUCCGCAAGGAAGCUCGGGAAAGAUCGCGAAUCAUCCACAAGACAUUUAACUCUUUGCACGCCAUUGUGACGCGUCACGAGGAAACCAUCCAGAAGCGAUGGCUGAAGAAAUCCGGACAGCAGAAACGCAAGAUACUGCUAGAAUGCUGGCCUGGCAUGUCUGCCGUUCACCGUCCGGACUUUGAGGCCUUCCGCAAGGAGACCAAGGAGCAACGCGUCCGAGGAACGAAAUACCGCGAGGCCUUCGUGUGGCCAUACAUCAACCAGGAGGAUCUCUCAAAGCCCAAGAGUCUUUUACUGCUUCUGAAUGCACGCGCUCGUCACCAUCCGUCCCACUUCGCGGCCACCGACAGUACCGCAAACCACUUUGGCAAGGUCACUCAUGCCAUCCAGCCCGUUUACCUGAAUGAAUAUGUGAUGAUUCUCAAUGGCGCUACGGAUCCUGCGAAAUACGGCGAGCUGAUAGCCUGGGAUGAUCACCCGGACGCUUUUGAGUGGAUGCACACUCAGAAGCAGUUCCUUCCUGGGGAUGGCCUUCUGGUACUUGAGACUCAGGAGCGAAUCCUGAGGUUUCUACUUGACUUUGUCAGAGUCAUCCUUCACGACAUACCAGAGGACAGGUUGACAUCCGAAACAUAUCCUGUACAACCCGAACUUCAUCUGAAGACCGAGGUGGAGGCCAACGGCUUUGAGUCCCUUGUCGUCAUGGCCGCAGAAGCACCAUAUCGACUACCAUCCCGCAUCGAUUUCAAACGCAUGGAACUGCUUCUCGAGGCCAGAGUAUCUGCCGCCAAGGAUCACAUAUGGGCGUUGCGAGAAGAGCCCGAUUAUUUCGCCGAUAAAAUCCUCGAGAUUCGGGACAACAGCAUCGAAAUGCUCAAGGAUACUAAAGGCAACAUCCAUCCGGCGCUUCGCCCUGGCGUAGGCCCAGUCGUCAUGGCGCGAGCAAUUCCAAACCUUGUGCUUGAGGCCUACGCCGAGCUCGAGUUCUUCACAGAGCUUCACCGUCAAGCGAAAAAGCUGCGUCUGCUGCACGACAAAUACGCCCCAACCCUCUCACCGGCCAAAGACCUGCCCGAGGACUUUCUUGACGGCCUCCUGACCUUUCGCCAUCUCCUGGGUCAGGCAGCUAAAGAGCCCUUAGGCGUGCUCCGUUACAGCGCCGUCGGCUCUCCCCCGUUGCGCCGCUUCUUCGUUCGCAAACCGCCGGCGAACGCCACCGCCGCUCGAGUGAUGUUUGAGGUCGCGCCAAGGCCUGGAGCCACGCCGACCAAAGUCGAAGAACAAGUGAUAUGGCUUCUUAGGACGCUCUGGGAGGACAGCGAAACUCUGUUUUUCGCCCAAAUGCCAUUGGUCUUGGAUGAGCUGGAGCGACUUAUACAGGCUGAACCACAGGCUGCAGACUUGAUCUCCUCACGCAUUGCCGAAGUCAUUAGUAAUGCUUCCAUUAUCGCUCAAUGUAUGGCUCAGGUUAACCAGUACCAACCCUGGGCUCGAGCAUUCGAGUCGGCCGAGGUGGAGAAGAUAGAGGCCAUCAAGGAAAGAUACGCCGCCUGGGAAAAGCCGCUUGUAUCCAUGAUUGGAGGGAUCAAGGAGAAGAACUUUACGCGCAUUGCGCAUCUCGCAGAGACAUCAGACAGGCGUUUCUUCUACCCAUCCGAGAAGCGCCGAACCAAAGAGAACGUCGAAGCUCUACGUCGCGCGGAGCAGAAUCUGGAUGAGUUUUGGCGUGCUGUUGAUGAGAUAAACCGCAUGCUACAGCGUACCCCUGAGUGGGUGGAUAAUGCCACCAUCACGAAGAAACAAUCGCAACGGAAUGAUGCUAGCACUAGCGUUGAGUCGCUGGUCCGACCGCUGUCGACACUGUAUUUCUCCGGAGAGACGGCACCCAAACAAAAGGUCGCCACGACGGCGAAGGUCAAGACGAAAACAAAGGGAGAAGCGAAAGACACAAUACUGACGCCUGUACCCGACGAAAAUGUUGACAAGAAAGCCGAGCCGACGCCCAUUCGAGUCGAUUCGCGCGCGCUCAAGGUCUUUCGCACGCUUUUCUUCAACCCGGGAGUCACGUCAACACGGGGUGAGGUGUCUUGGCAGGACUCUAUCUACGCCAUGACAUCCACAGGCAUAUUCUCUGCGGAGAAGCUGUACGGAUCCGCGUGGCAAUUCCAGAGAUUGGAUACCGAAAGCCAGACCAGAAUCCAGUUCCACCAGCCACAUCCUCGGGGUAAGAUCCCGUUUACUAUGGCUAGAAGGAUGGGAAGGAGGCUCACAAGGGCGUUUGGAUGGAUUGGAGACAUGUUCGUGCUGAGGGGAAAUGAAUGA